AUGGAUAAAUUUCAAGAUCAGGCAGCUUUGAGCUGUGAAUUAAGUAUCAAAAGAGCCAGAAACAUUGAAUUCAAUUCCAUGGGGAGCUUGUUCGUGAGAUGCUACAUGUCUGCAGGAAACAAGAACAGAGUUCAAUUCGAGACCAGAGAAGUAUCAUCAUCAAAUAUGGCGUGGAACCAAUCUUUCUCUUUAGAUUGUUUUGGAACCAAAGAGUCUAUGAGCAGCAUGGUAUCUGAAGGAACUGUGAUGUUUGAGCUUAGAUGGAGGAGCAGAACUUCAAUUUUCGGAAGAAGAAGAAAGUCACACCUCCUAGCAAAAGCGGAGGUACCAUGGAGAACUGUUUAUGAGUCAUCGACGAUGGAUAGAGAGAAAUGGAUUGUAAUGAAUUCGAGAAAGAGUUUAGCAGACGGUGUGAAGCCUCCGGCUGUGCAAAUCGGAAUCAAACUUGGCGGGCCUCUACCAGCAAUCCCAAAGGCCAUGAGACAAAAUAGAAGAUGUGGCGAAAAAUGUGAAUGUAAAAAUUGUGUCACCUGUGAAUUAUUUGCACUAGAUGCUGCUUUGGAGUUCUUUUAA